AUGAGCGACCCUGUUGGGUCUACCGAAAAGGCCAUACAACUUCAAAACUACCAUCGGCGUUGGCAAUCGCAGGUUGACAAUACCGCAACCCCCCGAGACGAUCUCUAUGAAGCGAAACUCAAAGACAGAAAGGCAAGGCACGGCGAAGCCUAUAAAACGUGGCUGGCAGGUCUGAGUAACGGAGACGUUGUUUCUUCGAACACUUGUCAAAAGGAUUUUGACCGUGCAACGGCAGAUCUUGGACAAUUCGCAUGUCGGCAACAUCAAGAGCGACUGGAGAAGAGGCAAGAGGAUGGGUUGAGGGAGCACCUCGACAUACUUGGGCUCUCAUUUUCCGUAAAGGUAUACACUAAGUGGCUCGCCGAUAACCACGCACCGCCGACCCCCGUGCAAGACCAAGUUGAGGAGGAGGUCUUAGCGGCCAACACCACCCCGUCCACACACACAGAAACACCCCCGACAAACAAGACAAUUAUGUUCAAACAGUUGUACAAUGGAGGCAAGCCAGCAAAACAAUAUGUUAUAGAGGAAUUCAGAGGUGAUUGGUAUAUUGUUGAGUGUGAGGAGCAUGAAAAGAAAUUUCACGUCCCCCAUCCUCUAAACAGCGCCCAAAACCACCUCAGACAUUGGGAACAUCACGAAACGGCCAACAAAAAGCUCUCCAUACCAUACACAAAGGUAAUUUCAGUCCUUGGUACACGUGUGACCGGUUGCACCAAAGAGCUUGCGGAAAAGAACAAUGCUAUUGUUCUGGGAUUGCCGCCCAUCAGUAGUGGGCAACCUACUCGAACACGUCCAAGUCCGAUUGCAAAUGCGGACGACAAUUCCGACGACGACACCGACAUUGUACAGAACUCCAGUCGCACCCGUCGCGAAAGUAAUGUCCCGUUCAAGGCUCAGGUCGAGAAGUACUUGCCUGAAUGUGGUCGUCGCAACUCCAAAAUUGGAGGUCCAAUCGGCAAUAACAUCAAUGUCGCUGACGAGAGUUCUACAAACGGAAGCUCUGAGGCCUUAUACAACUGCCCUGCAGAUACAAAUCAACCAUCUCCAGAAGAAAGACGAUCCAGCAUAACCGCUGGAAAACAAGUGAUUCAGGGUCCCGUCGCUGUUUCGUCUGAUAUUCCAUUUACUGACUAUGAUGGCCUACCUGGAGGGGAGGAGCUUCGUCAAGCCAGGGGCAAUGAGCCAGACCUCAACUCUCAUGAUGACUCUAUGGAGGUUGAUUCUCGGACCAUUAGUGACAGUGCCGACAGCACAGACACCGUCUUCCCCUUUACAAGCUACAGCUUCCAAUUGGGUAGCAACAACCGAGACAGCAACCCGCAUCAAAGGGUUGAGGAUCCAUCCAUGAGUGAUGGUGCUCAAGCUGGACCUAGUUCUGCACGCCCCCUGGACCCGGAUAGAAUGCUGUUCAACGCAAGAUUGCAAGCAAAGUAUGCGGCGGCGGCGGCCUAUCACAACAUGUAG